AUGAAAUUCCUACUUCCUCUCCUGUCACUCAGCGCCGCUACGAAUGCGCUGCACUUCUUCAUUGACGGCACAACCCCCAGAUGUUUUUACGAGGAGUUGCCCAAGGAUACACUUGUCGUUGGACAUUACACUGCUGAGGAGUGGGAUGACCGAGUAUCAGCUUGGGUAAAGCAUGACGGCAUCAGCAUCUACAUCAACGUCGACGAAAUAUUCGACAACGAUCACCGCGUCGUUUCUCAGCGCGGCGCUGCUUCUGGCCGCUUUACCUUCUCUGCCGCCGACGCUGGCGACCACAAGAUCUGCUUCACCCCUUCGUCCAGCUCUGGCCGCACUUCGUGGCUCUCCGCCAAGAACCCCAACGGCGGCAUCAAGUUGACUCUUGACUUGGUCAUUGGUGAGACCAACCAAAUCGAGAGCAGCGAUAAGGGAAAGAUCCAGGAUAUCACAUCACGUGUCAAGGACCUCAAUGCUCGUCUCGCUGAUAUCCGCAGAGAGCAAGUAUUCCAACGUGAACGAGAGGCCGAGUUCCGAGAUCAAUCCGAGUCUACAAACGCCCGUGUCAUUCGAUGGAUCAUUAUCCAGCUCAUCGUGCUUGGCAUCACCUGCACCUGGCAGCUUUCCCACCUUCGAUCAUUCUUCAUCAAGCAGAAGCUCACCUAG